AUGGAGCGCCGUCAGAGCGCCGCGGCGCGGCGUCUCCUUUGCUACGGGCGGCUUUGGGGUUUGAUGAAGUUCCUGGAGACCGGCCUCUUUCAGCUGGUCUUCGACCAGACGUCUCGUGGGACCUUCUCUUUUUCCAAAGCUCCGCUCUGCAAGCUCUGCGCCGCUUUGGGCCUCAGCUUCUGGCUCUUCUCUGCCGCCGCUCCUGCCGCCCCUCCUUCGGAGCCUUUGCUCGGUCGGGCUGGGAAGGAGGCUUCGGAGGCUUCGAAGUCGAUCCUUCUGCCCUUGCUUCUGCUUUCGCAGGUGUUGGGCGUUCUGGUUGUUCUGGAGUCUGCACCCUUGGCCUGGGACUACCAGUAUGCUUCUGCUCUCAUGGAGUUGAGCCUCGCGGCCAUCCUGGCCCUGGGUAUCCUUCUCGGCCGUCAUUACACCUUCGAUGCUCGAUGCGCCUUCGUCCUAAAUGCCGCCCGUCCAAUGCUUUGCGGGCAGCUAGGCCUCUUGUACCUUUUUGCAGGAGUCUGGAAGCUGAACUCCACGUUUCUCGAUUUACAAGUCUCCUGUGCGCCCGUGCUCUGGGCACAGCUGCUGGCGAAGUACUUCUAUUGGCUGGACUACUUCGGAGAGGUCAAUGUUGUCCUUGUGAAGAUCUCCAUCUUUGGAACACUCCUGGUGGAGAUCGGUUUGGCUGUCUUGGUCCUGGUCUUCACAAUAGCACUGAGUUUACCUCGGAUGCAAGUGCUCACUGCGUGGUUGCCUGUGACGACUAGGCUGAUCUUUGCAGUUGGCCUGUCUCUCCACCUUUUGAUUGCCAUCUGCCCAUCGCCCAACGGAGCCGGUGGGUUUUCCUGCGCGAUGGCAGUUUGCUAUGUCUGGUUGCUUCCGCUUCCUCUGCGCAACUCUGACGACAGGGUCCCGGUCCCUUCUUCCUCGAUCUCUUCUCGGAUUAUUGCGGCGGCUUUCAUGCUCGUUCCCUUGCUCGCCUUGCUUGCGCUUGGCCUGGAUAUGCAGGACUUCGCAAUGCCGGUUUAUGGCGUCAUGGUUGCAAUCCUCUACACUGAGUGUAGACAUGGCGACGACACACGCUCCAUUCAUGCAGGCUACGACAGCUACGACGAGCGAGGAACUCGAGUUACGUUGAUGACGCAGCUUUUUUUUCUUCUGCUCUUUUUGGCAUGGAGCCUCGGCUCUGCAUUCCUCGGCAUUCAGGACAUGGGUGCUGACACCAUGUAUGGUGGUCUGCAGGUCUAUGGAGCUGGGCGCGGCAACCACAUCUUUCUGCCCACAGGUAUGUUUUGGGAAGCACAGCACCAGCUUGAGUCUGGGGCACGACCUCUUCUCUAUCGCGUGAGCUCCGUCUCCCAGUCGAACGCUGGAAGCAAAAGCACCAGCUCCGCCUUGCAGUACUUGCGCAGCCUCUACCCUGCGGAGGUCCAACUCCAGCCGCCCGCGGCCGAGGUGCUGCUGCGUUCCGUGGGGCACACGGCGCGCAUGUUCUCCCCCGGAGCGGCGCGGGUGCUGGGCCCUAACUGGGCAGAAGAGGCGGCCCUUCUUCCAUUUCGGCUCCAGCCCUAUGUGGUUCCCGAAGUGGAGUUGUGCCGCAUGGUCUGGGAGGCCAGGGCCAUCAUGAAGAGGACCGCAGAGGAGCCGGAGCCUGAGCCUGGCAGCAUGAAUACAUCAGCUCCGCCUUUAGAGAUCCAUGUUUCGCCGCUCGAUCAGGGUCAGUCAAAAAUGCUGAUUUUGGUGACUGCUGGCAGCGUCGAGGUGAAAUGCGCGAGAUUCACUUCGCCAGAGCACGUAAGGGGGAGAUUGCAGGAGGUGCUGCAAAAGCCAAUGCCGUAUUGGGUGUGGAAAAUGCUGGUCUACUUCCCGAUCCCAAGCAGUCUGACCUUCGCCGGUGGCGCCACGCUGCAGCCAGCAGGAUGUGUGGCUUAG